UCACACGCACAUGCCUCCCCUCCCCAGGCCGAGGCCCAGCUGACCCCCAGGGCUCCCACGGCAGCGGACAGGGAAGGGUUAAAGGCCCCCAGCCCCCUGCCCCCUGCCCUGGGGAACCCCUGCCCUGUGGGGACAUGAACAGUGUUUGCUGCCUGGUCCUGGUCGCGUUGAGCCUGUGGCCAGGUAGAGCUGCUGCCCCGGGGCCACCUCCUGGCCCUCCACGGGCCUCCCCAGACCCUCGGGCUGAGCUGGACAGCGCCGUCCUCCUGACCCGCUCUCUCCUGGCGGACACUCGGCAGCUGGCCGCACAGCUGAGAGACAAAUUCCCAGCUGACGGAGACCACAACCUGGAUUCCCUCCCCACCUUGGCCAUGAGUGCGGGGGCGCUGGGAGCCCUGCAGCUCCCCGGAGUGCUGACACGGCUGCGGGCAGACCUGUUCUCCUACCUGAGGCAUGUGCAGUGGCUGCGCCGGGCAGGAGGCCCUUCCCUGCGGAUCCUGGAGCCCGAUCUGGGCACCCUGCAGGCCCGGUUGGACCGGCUGCUGCGCCGGCUGCAGCUCCUGAUGUCCCGCCUGGCCCUGCCCCAGGCGCCCCCAGACCCACCGGCACCCCCCCUGGCUCCCCCAGCCUCACCCUGGGGAGGCGUCCGGGCGGCCCAUGCCAUCCUUGGGGGGCUGCACCUGACGCUCGACUGGGCUGUGCGGGGCUUGCUGCUGCUGAAGACUCGGCUGUGACCCUCCACCUAGAGCCGCCAGCGCCCUUCAAAGCCAGACCUUAUUUAUUUAUUUAUUUCGGGACUGGGGGCAUGGCAUCCAGAGGACUCCACCCUCACCAUUGUCUCCCUCUAGUUAGAGAUGAUCCCUCCAGGAGACCUGGGCAGGGGGGCAUCUGUGCCUUAUUUAUACUUAUUUAUUUAAGGGGGUGGGUGGGAGGCAGGUGGACUCGGGGGGUCCCUGAGGAGGAGGGAACUGGGGUCCCGGAUUCUUGGAUCUCUAAGAAGUCUGGCCACAGUGUCUCCCUGACCCCCACCCCUCUCGGCUUGGGCAGGAGCAUAUAUUAUUUAUUAAACAAUUACUUUCUGUGUUGGGGUGGGGAGGGAGGGGAAAAGGAGGCCUGCAUUUUUGUACAAAAAUGUGAGAACCUUUGUGAGAUAGAGAAGAAGGAAUU